GUUCUGAGAAAAAAAAGAUAAAGUCAACACUUCAUCUGAGCCAAAAGUGCCAGAAACCAUGGCAGCCAACAAAAGCUCAGUCAAAGAUCAGAUCAGUACCGAUGACCAACACCUUCCUCCGAUCCUCAUUCACCGCACCCCUUCCGUUAGUUUCCCCCCAUUGACUAAUCUUUUGAAGAACCAUUUUCGCUUACUCGACCCUCACCUGUCUCCGCUGCCACUCCACUCCUUCUACUCCCGCCAUGCUCACUCCGUACGUGUUCUCGUCGUUGUGGAGCUAACCCAAGUCACCGAAGACACUCUUCGCCACCUUCCUUCUCUCAAACUCAUCGUUGCAUCCUCAACCGGCACUGACCAUGUUGACUUGUCCGCGUGUCGGCAACGAGGCAUCGCCGUCACUAACGCCGGAAGCGCAUUCACUGAGGACGUUGCCGACUUCGCAGUCGCUCUGUUAUUCGGUGUUCUGCGACGAGUUUCGGCUGCCGAUAGGUAUGUCCGCUCCGGGCUCUGGCCUUCCGGAGGAGAAUACCCACUUGGCUCAAAGAUAGGAGGGAAGAGAGUUGGGAUAGUGGGGCUAGGGAGAAUUGGCUUAGAGGUAGCAAAAAGGCUUUCUGCUUUUGGCUGUAGGAUCUCCUACACUUCAAGAAAGGAGAGGCCAUCUAUGCCAUUCCUUUACUUCUCAAAUGUCAGUGAUCUCGCAUUCGAAAGUGACAUUCUUGUGGUGUGUUGCACUCUGACAACUGAAACUCGCCAUAUAAUAAGCAAAGAUGUUAUGAAGGCCCUUGGAAAGAAAGGAGUGAUCAUCAAUGUGGGGCGUGGGGAUCUCGUUGAUGAACAAGAAUUGGUUCGUUUUCUAAGCCGAGGAGAGCUUGGUGGAGCUGGUCUUGAUGUGUUUGAGAACGAGCCUCGUGUCCCCAAAGAGUUGUAUGAUUUGGAUAAUGUUGUUCUGUCUCCCCAUUGUGCUGUCGCGACCCAAGCUUCCAUUGAUUCCAUGAUCCAGCUAAUCUUCGCCAACCUUAAAGCAUUCUUCUCAGAUAAGCCUUUGCUAUCUCCGGUCAGCUAGUCUAAAAUAAUUUAUUUGACUAAUCAAUAUGAACUUGUAUGAACUUGUCUUCUCAUUUUUACAUGUGUUUACAGUUUGGACUAUUUUAUUUAGGGGGUGUUUGUUUUGAGUAGUUGAGUUGCAUUAGAAAGUGUAGAGGGAUUUAGGAUAGAUGUAAUAUUAAACUCUUGUGUAUAAAAGGUUUCACUUUACCUUUAAAAUAGAUGUGAGACCUACACAAAUUAAUCAAUUUACCCCUUUCAAAUUUGAACAAAACAUAAGAAUAGUUUUAGAUUCUCAUUCCCA